CUCUUGAUGUAGCUUAUUUUCGUGUGUCAAUUCGCUACCAAGUAGGACUUGGUAACAAGUGGCAUUCGAACAGACGAGAGUCGGAAGAAACGACGAGCGACAAUGAAGAGAAAACAUUUGCGAAGCAACAACUUGGAACACCCAGUGAAGGAGAAGCUAGCAUUCUGGGACUAGCUUGGUCAAAAGUUAAAGAUGAGUUAAAAGUCGUUGUUCCCUUGGGGGAAGUUACUACAACCAAGCGUGGGAUUUUGAGCAAACUGGCUCGAAUAUAUGAUCCCCUCGGACUGUUAUCACCAAGAACUUUACAAGGGAAGAUAAUUUAUCGUGAAGUGUGUGAGAAGAAGAUAUCGUGGGAUGCUCCGUUAUCUGCCGAGCAAAAGAAUGAUUGGCUCAAAUGGGCCACAUAG